GAAGGUCUGAAAGGGAAAGACGGAUGCCACAUUUUUUGGGUGUGAACCUGCUUUUCUGGCCUGAUCGCCAGACCAUGUAAACUAGAUUCUGCCUACUGACCCCCAAACUCAUCGAGCCCCACUUGAUUCUUUCCCCGGACAGCGCGCAGACGCAUGGAAUGAUUCUUAGGUACUAGCAUCGGCGCACUCUCGAUUUGCCGCUAUUUCUUGAAGACCUGUCCAAGCGACUAUCGGGUUUAAACUCAUCCCCACGGUCCCCACUGCUUCUCGGUACCAUACACCCACAAUCUCCAUCAUGGCUUCUGCACCGUCCUCAAGUCGUUCUAUCGACGGCUUUACAGCCUCGUCUGCCUCUUUGCCUCGCACAGAUCUCACAAGAUGGCGCCUCCGCACCUCUGCCGGUAGCCACGGUCGCCAUACUUGGCAUUACCUUCCGGACGACCCAAAUGUCCUCAAGGAAUGGCCGCAGACAGACGAGGACAAAUACUGGCUUGGCCUAGAAAUGAACGCUCCAACACUAAAGCCUGCCGAAACACCGUUCGAUGCUGCUCAAAACGGCUUCAAGUUCUACAAGAGAAUCCAGGCUAGUGACGGCCAUUGGAGCGGCGAAUAUGGCGGGCCCAUGUUCUUGCUCCCUGGAUUAAUCAUUGGCAUGUACGCCACGCAGACGCCCAUCCCGCAGGAAUGGCGCAUCGAGAUUGUCCGCUACCUCUCCAACAAGGCCAACAAAGACGGGGGCUGGGGAAUCCACAUUGAGGGUCCGUCCACCGUCUUUGGCACGGCGCUCAACUAUGCUACCUGCCGGCUCCUCGGCUUGGACAAGGAGCAUCCGAUGAUGGUCAAGGCAAGAGGGACAUUGCACAGGCUAGGCGGUGCUUCGGGGAUCCCCAGCUGGGGCAAGCUUUGGCUUGCGGUGCUCAAUGCUUAUGAAUGGGAGGGCAUGAACCCGAUCCCGCCCGAGCUUUGGCUCCUGCCGGACUGGCUACCUAUCCACCCGUGGCGAUGGUGGAUCCAUACGCGCAUGGUGUAUAUUCCGAUGGGCUUCUUGUGGGGCAAGAAGUUCAAGGCGAAGCUCGAUCCGCUCAUCGAGGAGUUGAGGCAAGAGCUGUUCGUUGAGCCAUAUGAUAGCAUCGACUGGCCAGCUCAGCGUAACAACAUCGCCAAAGCGGAUAUCUUCUAUCCUCACACAAAGGUGCUCAAUGGCCUCAUGGCUGUUCUAGGAGUGUAUGACUCUUGCCGAAUCGAAGCUCUGCGCCAAGCAGGUAUCCGCCGCGCUUAUUAUCUGCUCUGCCUCGAAGACGACAACACAUCCUACCAAUGCCUUGGGCCGGUGAACAAGAUGCUGAACUAUGUCGCACGGUGGUCCAUGGAAGGUUCGGAUAGCGAGGCGAUGAAGCAGCACCGCGAGAAGCUCAACGACUUUGUCUGGAUGAGCGGCGAGGGCGCCAUGAUGACUGGGACGAACGGCUCUCAGCUCUGGGAUGCUUCGUUCAUCGGUCAAGCGCUUGUUGACUCGGGCAUCGCUUUACAAAAGGAGCACCAGGACAGCUGCCAGGAGCUGCUCAACUGGCUCGACAAGUGCCAGAUCCGCGAGCAUCCAAAGCACUACAAAGAAGCAUACCGUUUUGGCACAAAGGGCGCCUGGCCUUUCUCGACGCCAGAGCAAGGCUACGUCGUCAGCGACUGCACCGGCGAGGGGCUGAAGGCUGUCAUCGAUCUUCAAAGUCUGGGCACGCUGGAGAACAAGGUAUCUGAAGAGCGCUUGCACGACGCGGUCGAUCUCAUUCUCACCUUGCAGAACCCGAGUGGAGGCUUUGCAUCGUACGAGACUAUCAACGGACCCAAGCUGCUCGAGUGGAUCAAUCCAGCUGAAGUCUUUGGUGAUAUUAUGGUAGAGUACGAAUACGCCGAAUGCACCACGUCUGCUAUCACGGGCCUGCUCAAGUUCCGUCAGAUCUCCGAGUACCGUCGACAAGACAUCGACGGCACCGUGGCUGCUGCCGUCAAGUACAUCCUCUCUAUUCAGCGUGCAGAUGGCAGCUGGCUAGGAUCUUGGGGCAUCGCCUUCACCUACGGUGCUGUCUUUGCGCUCGAGAGUCUGCGUUCGGCUGGUUUGACAUACGACAACACACCGGAAGUCCAAAUGGCGUGCAAAUUCCUCUUGAGCAAACAGAUGGAGGAUGGCGGAUGGGGCGAGACGUAUGAGUCUUGUGUCACUGGCGAAUACGUGCAAGCGCCGACAUCGCAAGUGGUCCAGACCGCGUGGGCCGGUAUCGCGCUCUUGCAUGCCAAUUACCACAAGGCCGAUCCUGAGCCCAUCAAGCGUGCGGUACGGCUAAUCAUGUCUCGCCAGCAGCCAGAUGGUAGAUGGAACCAGGAGCUCAUCGAAGGCGUCUUCAAUCGCAAUUGUAUGAUCAGCUAUCCCUCUUACAAACACGCGUUCCCGAUCUGGUUCUUGGGAAAGGCUGCCCGGGAACUAAACUGGUGAACGGCUCUUCAAUUUUGCAUCCAAAGUACUAUAUUUUGAAAGUGAGACCCUCUCGUCAACCACGCGGCCCGCCUGUGGCUCUGUGCAAUGAAACAAUAAUGAACGCCCAAUGAUUUAUAAUACAAACGUCAUCCCAAAGACGGAGGAAUCGCUGGCGAUUGCCGAAAUAGA